CUUCCGGGAUCCCCCCGUGGCUUUCCUUGCUGGAAGGUAAGAAGGGCGCUAGGACCUGGCGUGCCGGCCGGCAAGCUGCCGGCAGCCCAGGCAGUCCGAGAGACUCCUCCUUAUUUCCAGUGUCAAACUUGACAUCAGGCUGCGAGCGGAGCAUGGUAACUUCUCCUGCCAUCAGAGCGCUCACAUCAGUGGCAUGCUCCGGGAAGAGAUGCAGCUCGCGCUGCCCUCUGCACCAGCCACAGCAUGGAUUGUCACUUCGCCAGCCUCCUCCUCCUCCUCCUCGGAUCUACGCUCGGCUGCUUGGGAGAUCUGAGUCUUUACCCAACCAACGAAGUUAAUCUGCUAGAUUCAAAAGCAAUUCAAGGAGAGUUGGGCUGGAUCUCGUACCCGUCACAUGGGUGGGAAGAAAUAAGUGGUGUUGACGAGAACUAUACUCCAAUCAGAACUUACCAGGUCUGCAACGUUAUGGACCACAGUCAAAACAAUUGGUUAAGGACAAAUUGGAUACCACGCAAUUCAGCUCAGAAAAUCUAUGUGGAGCUCAAAUUUACUCUGAGGGAUUGUAACAGUAUUCCAUUAGUUCUGGGUACCUGUAAGGAAACUUUUAAUUUGUAUUAUAUGGAAUCUGAUGAUGACUAUUCUGUCAAGUUCAGAGAACACCAGUUUACAAAGAUUGAUACCAUUGCUGCCGAUGAGAGUUUCACUCAGAUGGAUCUUGGGGAUCGGAUUCUUAAACUCAAUACAGAAGUUCGUGAAGUGGGACCUGUGAGCAGGAAAGGAUUUUACUUGGCUUUUCAAGAUGUGGGUGCAUGUGUUGCCUUAGUAUCAGUGCGAGUAUACUUCAAAAAAUGCCCUUUUACUGUAAAGAAUCUGGCCAUGUUUCCAGACACAGUACCUAUGGAUUCCCAGUCACUGGUGGAAGUGCGAGGCUCUUGCGUUAAUCAUUCCAAAGAGGAAGACCCACCCAAGAUGUACUGCAGUACUGAAGGAGAAUGGCUAGUUCCCAUAGGGAAGUGCUUGUGUAAUGCUGGCUACGAAGAAAGAGGCUACACCUGCCAAG